AUGUACCCAUCACUCGAGACCAAAGAUCUUGUUGAGAAACUGUUCGCGGACUACGAUCAAAGCCAUGAACAAGAACAACAAUCAACCGCUUUUGAAUCUUCAGAGGAAUUUGUAAUCACAAUCCUUGGAUUAAUCGUUCACUCAAUCGACAAACAACAAAGCAUCCACUUAGCUUCCGGAGUGUUCGAAAUAAUCUGUCUCCAACAAGGCGACAACGUCAUCACGACUCUCGCUCGUGUCGGCGACGAAAUCCAGUGGCCGUUAGCCAAGGACGAAGUCGCUGUGAAACUAGAAGGAUCUCACUACUUCUUCACACUUUGUGUACCUUCCCAAUCCGAAAACGAUGUCGCACUGGAGGAUUUGUUGAACUACAGUUUGACGAUCACCGAAAACUCUUCCGAUGAACUUGAUAGGGUUUUGGAGGAGUACAGUGUGUUUUCGGUGAAGGAGAUAGAGAGGGAUGUAGCGAUGGAGGGAUGUGGUUCUCUAGAGGCUAUACGUGUAGAUGACGACUCAUCGUCUGCCAUUGUAGCUCAUCGAUUUCACCUCCAUUUACUGUAG